AUGCCGCCGAAACGAAAGCGCUCAACCACCGUCUCCUCAGUAAAGAAGGCCGCCAUGGACGUCGCACAACCCUCGUCCCGCGAUGCGUCGGAUGAAGGUGCCGAAGACCCUGUUCUCCAGGCAGUUGCGUCCAAGAAGGAGCGACAGGCCGAUGCAAAUGGCACAACGAAGCGAAUGCGCUCCCUGAAGACGGGAGAUGCCGCCGACGACAGCGACGCAGAAGGCAGCGAAGGACGCGCCAGCAAAAAGAGCCGCCGCACAUCUUCAAUUGCUGGAGCCGAACACGGCGAGGGCGGCGAAGCGGGCACUAUGCGCAUGGAGGCACCGCCAAAGGCUGGCAUGGUCGACCCCGUAGGCUUCAAGACGAACCCUCCUCCCGAGGGACGGGCCGUUCGCAUUUAUGCAGACGGCGUCUUUGACCUUUUCCACAUUGGCCAUAUGCGACAGCUCCAGCAAGCCAAGACUGCAUUUCCCGAAGUCCACCUCAUCGUUGGAGUUACCGGAAACGCCGAGACACACAAGCGCAAGGGACUGACUGUUCUCUCAGCGACAGAGCGUGCCGAGAGUGUGCGGCAUUGCAAGUGGGUGGACGAGGUCAUCGAAGACUGUCCCUGGAUCGUCACUGCCGAAUUCCUCGAGAAACACAACAUCGACUAUGUCGCCCACGACGACCUGCCGUACGGUGCGGACGAAGGCGAUGAUAUCUACGGACCGAUCAAGGAGAAGGGCAUGUUCCUGGUCACUCAAAGAACAGAGGGUUUGAGCACGACGGGCAUCAUUACCAAGAUCGUCCGCGAUUACGAUCAAUACAUCGAUCGCCAGCUCAAGCGUGGAACUUCUCGCCGCGAGCUCAAUGUGUCCUGGCUGAAGAAGAACGAACUCGACUUCAAGCGCAACAUGGCCGAGUUCCGUGACAGCAUCAAAGCCAACUGGGCCACAACCGGGCAAGAGCUCAGCAAGGACAUUCGCCAGUUCUGGCAGUCAAGUCGCCCUGCCAGCCCGGCAAGGACCCCGACGCGUGAGGUGGCGGACCAGCUCGACGCACAUGGUGCGAGUGCCCGAUCGCCCUCUGCGUUGUCGCGACUCAGCCAUCUCGAUAUUCCCGCAAGGGGCUCCGGCGCACGAGAGUCUUCGGACUUCGCUGCUGGAUACAACCUGGGUCUCAUUGGUGGUGUGCGUUCUUGGAUGGCCCGCAGUCGUCGCAAUCUAAACGACAGCAGACCGGAGAGUCCUCACGAUGACAGCAGCUCCGACGAGCACGAUACGCGAAGCCCGCAAGAAGCUCCGCGUGGCCGCACUGGCAAGCAAAGCAAGUCGGAGCCAAUGGACACCGCUACUUAGGAAAGCAGCACCAUUUUUUUGUUGUCCCCUUGAUAUCAGAAGGCGAACCUCCGGGCACCAUACCCCCUUUACGACACUAGCGUGCUAUAGUGCGCGAACAGCUGCUCUAAUAUUCAUGUCGCCAAUGAACAACUUCACCUCUGUGCGACUCUUUCUCUACGGGGCCACUAGCUCGAAAAUAUCAUAACUAUGAGCAAC